GCUGCUGCCGCCCCAUCUUCGCUUGUAAGCUUCCCACAAGUCUGGAGGAGAUCAGCAGGGAGGGAAGCUGAGCGGCGGUGGAUCAACAAGGCACCAUCCUCAGACGGAGGAGGAGGGAAAAAAGCCCCAGACCCCUCUUCUGCUGCUGCUGCUGCUUCUUCUCCUCCUCCUCGCCACGCAUCCCGCCGCUAUGCUCUGCUGGCCGCUACUGUAAAAGGAAUUACCGCCGCUUUCAACCGCAGCUGCCAACAUGGUUUCAUCUACGGGAGGAAUUUUGCUACAGCUGGUCGCUUGAGGGUGGUUUGAUUUGGCUCUCCUCCUCCCCUCCUCCCUGGCAACCUCUUCCCCCCCCCCCCGUCUCGGACUCCACUCUCCCUUCCCCAACCUCUCCUCCAUCCUCUUCCUCUCUCCCCCCCUCCCCACCUUUCCCAGCACAUCUUUUUGCGCCCUCCCCACCCCCCCCCCCCGCGCCGCCCGGCUCCCCUUCUUGGCAAUCGCGCCCCGCCAUCGGAGAUGGAUGUCUCUCUCUGUCCGACCAGAUGUAGUUUUUGGAAGGUCUUUUGGCUCUGGAGCGUGUGGGGGGACUACUUGGUCUCCGUGUGGGGUUGCCCCGCCAACUGCCUUUGCAGCAGCACCGAGAUCAACUGCAAGAGGCCGGAUGAUGGCAACCUCUUCCCGCUGUUGGAAGGGCAGGACGCCGGCAGCAGCAGCGGCGGCGGCGGCGGCAACGCCAGCAUCAACAUCACAGACAUCUCUAGGAACAUCACUUCCAUACACAUAGAGAGCUGGAGGAAUUUGCAAACUCUUAACGCUGUCGACAUGGAGCUGUACACAGGACUCCAGAGACUGACAAUCAAGAACUCAGGGCUCCGGAGCAUCCAGCCACGAGCGUUUGAUAAGAACCCUCACCUGCGCUUCAUAAACCUCUCCGGUAACCGGCUGACAACUCUAUCAUGGUUACUCUUCAAGACACUGAGACUUAUUGAACUGAGAUUAGAACGGAAUCUGUUCAACUGCAGCUGUGAUAUCCGCUGGAUCCAGCUUUGGCAGGAGAAAGGAGAAGCCAAUUUGCAGUACCAGGACUUGCGUUGCAGGAGCAUGGAGACCAGCCGCAUCUCACUGCAGGAGAUGAAUAUCAGCCAGUGUGACUUGCCUGAGAUCAGCGUCAGCCAUGUCAACCUGACUGUAUGUGAGGGUGAAAAUGCUGUUAUCACCUGCAAUGGCUCCGGCUCUCCCCUCCCUGAUGUCGAUUGGAUGGUGGUCAAUCUGCGCUCGAUCAACACUCAUCAGACCAAUGCCAACUGGACCAACGUCCAUUCCAUCAACCUAACCCUAGUGAACGUCACCAGUGAAGACAACGGUUUCUUGCUGACGUGCAUUGCUGAGAACGUGGUGGGGAUGUCUAAUGCCAGUGUGCUCCUCAAUGUGUAUUAUCCUCCUCGCAUCAUCCAGUUAUUGGAGCCCGUUCGGCAAAUGGAGCACUGCAUUGAGUUUCUGGUGCAUGGGAAUCCCCCACCCCAAAUCCACUGGCUGCACAACGGCCAGGUUCUUAAGGAGACGCCGUUCAUCCGCAUGGAGUUCUUCCAGGAGAACGAAGUGACCGAUGGCUGCCUACUCUUCAACCACCCAACGCACUACAACAAUGGCAACUACACCAUUGUGGCUACCAACUUCUUGGGAUCGGCCAACCAGACCGUCAAAGGACAUUUUCUGGAGAAACCCUUUCCAAGCAUUUCGGAUAGCAUUGUCACAUUUGAGUUCAGUCCGAGUCCUACUCCUCUGAUCACAGUGACGCAUAAGCCAGAGGAAGAUACAUUUGGGGUUUCCAUAGCUGUCGGACUUGCGGCCUUUGCCUGUGUCCUCCUGGUGGUCCUCUUUAUUAUGAUCAACAAGUAUGGUCGGCGGUCAAAGUUUGGAAUGAAAGGUCCUGUGGCUGUGAUCAGUGGGGAAGAAGAUUCUGCCAGCCCUCUUCAUCAUAUCAAUCAUGGUAUCACCACACCUUCAUCACUGGAUGCUGGCCCCGACACAGUGGUGAUUGGCAUGACCCGGAUCCCCGUCAUUGAGAACCCACAGUACUUUCGGCAAGGUCACAAUUGUCACAAGCCGGAUACGUUUUUCAAUGAUCAACACUCAAGCUCUGUUGUUAUGAGAGAGGGAGGAAAUUUCUCUCAGCCGUCUAGACAAUGUUUCAGAGAAAUUAUGUUGAAUCCAAUAACCCUUCCUGGACAUUCUAAUCCUCUUAACCAUCAUGGCAUUUAUGUUGAGGAUGUCAGUGUUUAUUUCAGCAAAGGACGUCAUGGCUUUUAAAACACACACACAAACAACAGUGGAAAACAAAAACAAAAACAAAACAGACGAAAGACAAAAAAAAAUUAAAUUGAAAACCUCCUUGAAAGGUUCUGAUGUCGAGUUUGUUGGCUGUGCCCUGUGAGAGCUGGGGGACGCAGUGGGAGAGUGCGGUCUGUGUACGGAUCAAAGCCACCGCCUUGUGGGAAUGGACCCCAGUCUGCACCAUGCUGUUAAGACCAAGGGUGUUUUUUCCCCCCUUCCUGGUCACCAGAUCACAGGGUUGUUCUUUUCCUCUUUUGGUCACUGUAUUCCUUUCCUCUGUUGGUCACGGCGUUCCUGCAAGGCACAACAAGGGCAAAGCAGAGCAACAAGAGUUUUUGGUUGUGGUUUUUUUUUUUAAUUUUAAAAAAGAACCUUCACGGAGUCAUCUUAAUGGUUGCACUUUGCUUUCGAAAGAGCCAAAACUGACCGAUCCAGCAACUUUCGCUGUGACCCUCCCCACCUUGAGUUCUCCUUGUGACAUCACAACGUUCUGUUAAGGCAGUCCAGCCAUCCAUCGCUUACAGUGGCCAGGCCAUAGAAGAUGCCCUUAAGCAAGAGAAGAUGGGGCGUUCAGAAGACGUUUUAACAGAGCCAAGACCCUUGGUAAGAACAAAGGCAGCCCCCUCUGCCCCACGUCUGCCCCCCUACCCCCUCUGCCUAGUCCUGAGAGCAACAAAGGGGAAAGUUGCACUACUCUUCUCAGAGGAAAAGAGAUCUGUGGCUUUGUUUUGAAAUACAAAUGUCCUAGGAGGAUUUUCUGUUUGUGUGUGCGCGUGUGUUUUGUGUGUUAGAGCCGCUCUUCAGCUAUCUCAGUGUUCCAUUUUUGUACACCGGCCUCUUCCCUGCUGCUUGUAUAAUGGCUUUAUCUGGGGUCCGGAGGUGCGGGAGGGAGGCGGGUUGCUUCUGGCCAUCACACCUGGAGAGACAAUGAGUGAUUGCAGGUCAGUGGUACGUCAACAGGUCUAGGGCCGAAAGAGAAGCACAGAAGGCAUCUGCGAGUUUAUUCACCGGAUAUCUGCAAGCUGUCAGUCUCUUCUGCCUUCCCAGCUCCUCCUUCCGCCACCAUCACCUCCCAUUUCUUUCUCACCAAGUUAGAGAUGUAUUAUAAUUCAGUCAUGCACACCGAACGAUUGGCUCAAGGCAUACAAACCAAGUCAGGGGGAGCUCUGAAUAAGCAUUCUAUUCCUUAUUCUCUGGCACAAACACAAAUAUUGAUUCUGGUCUUUUCCAAAAGCUCUCCAAUGGAAAAAGGCAACCUUGAUCUCUACCCUCAAGAGAUGGUUUUUCUUUUCUGGCGAGAACUUGCAGUUUGGAAUGGCCAAUAUCAGAUAAUGUUCUUUCUCCCACCCCACCCCUUUAGAUUCCGAGUCAAAUAUGCUUUGCUUACAUAAAACCAUUAGCUGGGGCAGGAGGGUUGUUUUUAACGAGAGCCUAGAGCCUAUUUGUAGGUUUCUGACAGGGUGCAGGGGGAAAUAAGAGAUCCUUUACCAACUCCACCACUGAUGGGGCCAUCAACAUCAUGCGAUGUUCCCGUCAUAUUAAGCAAUUUUCAAAAUGCCCCUUUCUGUUUCGUUUCUUCAUCUUAAGGGAUGCAAAGAGAAUUCCAAAGUGCCAGAACUGAGCAGAACAUUAAGAAUGGGACAUUCUACUGGAAUUAGGAGUGUCCCCCAUUGGGGAUGGGGCUGUAGCUUGGCAGUAGAGCAUCUGCUUUGCAUUCAGGAGGUCCCAGUGUUCUGAUCCCUGGAAUCUCCAGGUAGGGCUGGGAGAGACUCCUGCCUGAAACCUUGGAGAGCUGCUGCCAGUCAGUGUAGACAGUCCUGGACAAGAUGCACCAUUUGUCUGACCCAGUAUAAGACAGCUUCUGAUGUUUCCUAUGUCAUUUCAUGAAGCUUUCAGGAAACUGUAAGACUCUUCUCCGGUCAAAUUCCUGCAAAUGAUACUUCUAGGAGCCAUCCGUCACUUUAUCUCUUCUGUUGCCAGUACACUCAGACAAUCAAUUGGAACUGCCGUAAAAAUGCAAAAAAGUAAAGACCAGCCACUCUAAUGAAAACGUCAAUUUACACAUGAGAUUGCCUCCAAUGCCUCAAGAUCGGAGGGGCUGAUUCAUUUGGGAUUCAGUGAGAACUGAAAACCAAAAUGGUGAACCUAAGUGUAAUUUUGAGAGGCUCUUUGUCAAAAUAGGUUAUGCUGGGAAAGUGGGUGUGAAUGGGACAGCUUGGGUCACAGUCACAUGACCAUUCGUCUUCUGGGUCACAGUCACAUGGCCGUCGGUCUUGCUUAUUUUCAACCAGAGCCACGGUAGGACUGCCUGCCCUUUCUUGCCAGUAUUGACACUUGGUACAAUGCACGGAAUUGCCAUACAGUUUCCCCCACUGUGAGCAGCUUAAGCCAUCAUUCCCCAAACUUUGACAGCUGGGGAAUUUUUAAAUCCUGAAUUGAAACUGGAAGCACACUUCACUCUUAUACCCAACAGUUUCUUCUAGAGUGUGUAUGGAUAAGAACCACACACACACACACACACACAGAGGAACCCAUUCUCUCUCCUGUGUAUGGGAUCACUGUUCCGGGUGUGCCUUCCUGAAUGGAUGGCAGCAAUUUAGAGUUGCCAGAUCUCAGAUUUUCAGCCUGGGACUCGAGUUUUGGAGGGCUGUGUUUGGCCAACUGGGUGAAUGGCCCAGUCUCCAGUCACCCAUCACUUCCUUUCUAUUCAUGCUUCAGUGUGUUCAGCUGGCACACCAAUCUACCUCCUCCUAUGGAUCAAAAAGGAGGUGAAGAUGCGGAUUUGGUUUUGUCAAUCUAAAGUUGGCAACCAUGUGACAUCAAUAGUUCACAUCUUGUGACAUCAUUAGGCCCCACCUUAUGAUAUCACCCAGGCCCUGACACUUGAAUACAGUUGUCCCUUGCCAACUGUGAGGGUUCCGUUCCUGGAAAACCUUGCAGUUGGUGAAUUCACACUUGACAAGGAAUUAAAACAAAUGGAAAACAGGGAGUUAGGGGAAUUUUGGUCACAACCCCCACUCCCCCCAAAACAGUUAAAAAUAGGAAAAAAAUCUUGAAACACCCCCCCAAUCACCCCCUGAUCCCCAGAAAUUACCUGAACCUCCCCAAAUCACCCCUUUGACCCACAGGAAUGACCCUCUGAUCCCCGGAAAUAACCCCAAAUUUCCGAAAAAUCUUGCUAAACUGUGGUUACCAGGUUGUGGUUGGUGAGACCUACCACAAUUUUCCAGUAGUGGAUACUCCAAUUGGUACUCAAAUUGGCGAGGGAAGACUGUAUCAGGUUGGGAGCUGCCUCUGACCCAAUAAACCUAGGAGAACUACAGAGCAGUAAUUCACGCAAACCUCACAUUGGUCCAGUUCAGAUGUACAAGUUAACUGGAGUUAAGCAUGGCCGAGGUUUCAGUUCUUAACGCCAAAUCGUGCCACAGACAUUCACCAAACUGUGGCCAGCCAAACACCAGUUGAAGGAGCGGGGAGGCCCUCUCUGCUGCCUGGCCGCCGAGGCAUGUUCCCGCCGCCUCUAUGAUUGGAGUUUGGAAUAGGGAUGAAACUGUGGUUAUAGCAGAGUCAGCAUUCGGGCAUAACGCUUCAGCAGCAAAACCUUCAGCUGUCAGCAGCAAAACUGAGAGAUAACCGAAGGUUCCCAUUGGAGUUUGGUGAGGCAAACCAAAGUUAGCUUUUGAUCCAAAACCACAGGUUCGAGUGUCUUGGUGUACUGCAGUUACAGCCUCGGCCAGCUCUGUGGUUAUCUUGUAUGUCUGAACUCAGCCAUUCAGUCGCCUCCGAGGGGGUGGGGUGGGGGACAGUUAAUUCUGCAGUGUGUUUGCAUCAAAAUAUAUGGAAUGAUCCGACUGCAUGCAGAGCUGAGAGAUGGCCAGCUUCCUGUUCUCACUGGAAGCUGAUUGGAAGGGCAGAACCAUGGAUCAUACAGAGUUGUAGAAGUCAGCCUCAUCUGUGUGUGGGUACAUUGGGCUUACAGGAGCUUGAACCAUCCAUUUUGUAAUUGUGGCACACUAGCAGUUCUCUCGCAGCACACAGGUUGGGGCUGACGGUUUUAAGCCAUUGAAAAGUCUCCGGUGGUUCCUUAGUGCGGAAAAGGAAAGCAAGCCAGGCCUUGGGCAUUUGCAAUUGGUGGCUUUAAGUAGUGAGUCUUACGGAUUUUUUUUUUAUUGUUUCCAAUUUUAAUUAUUGUAAAUCAUUACCUCAUUUUUCCCACCAAGAAGACUCCUCCAUCCCUGACCAUUAUUUCCUCUCGCCAUGUCUGUCAUCUUGUGCUAUGGAAAUGGGAGCAUCCCUUUCACAGAGACUCCAGGGGUCUUUGAUGUCUAGUUUCUUAAUAAACACUUUAUUUUCUAAUUAAA